ACCGUUUAGUUGACAUCAUGGCGGCCAAAAACAUAAACAUGUAUAAACUAGGAGUGCUAUUCUGUAUAUUAAGUGCUUUGGUUCAUCUCUCUGAUAAUCAGGACAAUAGCACUACGACUGAAAACACUACAAUGGCUUCUACUACUUCAACGGCAAGCACUACAACUACGACUACUGUUACAACCACUACAAUUGCACCGACCAUUCCCGGCACUACAAUUCCUCCAAAUACAGGUAUAUUUUCUAACUUUAGGCAUAAGACUAUGGAAGUGAUGUCAUAAAAUGUGUUUAGAAUGGGAACAUAAAUAGGUAUAUGGAUGCAGCAACAAACACUACCAGAACCGGGUAGAUUUGAAAAUGGUAGUUAAGUUGGCUACAGUUGAGCAUUUUGAAUUGGACUAAUAAAAAUCGAAUACUAAUAAUAAAUACUUACUUAAGUAACUUAAGUAGUACCCUGCUGAACUAAUCACUUAUUUUAAAAAAUUCUGAUCAUGCUAUCUCCUGCAAUGUAAUCAGUGGGAAUUUUUUUAAACAAUAAUUAGCCUUAGCCUAAGUUGCAUCCAUUGUUUAACAUAGUUUUCUUCUUCUUCUUCUAUAUCUUAAGGGCCCACGAUCAAUUUAUUGAUCAUUUUGGCUCCUAUGCAUGUAGAUGGGAUUUGCAAUGUUUCUGUUACUGGUGGUGAUGAGGAAAUUAUGCACUAGGGGUUUGAAGGCUUGAGGCAAUAGACACAAAUGUUUUAACCCACGAGCUGUCCAUUGUAUGUUUCUGUACUGUGCAGGCAAUUUAGAGCUUUUUGGGUGCCUUUAAUGCCUUUAAAAAAUGUGAUUUUUCACAUGCAAAUACUAUAACUAGAACCCAUAAAGUAUAUAUUUAUUGAAAGUAGACUGGGUGGGGAAUCAUACUGGCUAUUUUUUAAUGAUAUUUUAUACUCGUUGACCAUGACCUUGACCUUGGAGUGACCAUGAAUAAAGAAAAUGAGGAACAUUUUUCUCUUCAAGUACCUCAAACUACAAUUUUUUUAAGGCAUAUUAUUAUAAUGUUUAUAUAAUAUGAUAGAAUUUUUAUUUAUCUUUCAGAAAAUGUAUUAUUUAUAUAUUUUUUAGUUAUUAAAAGAUUUUUUUAAAAAUUCUUCUGAUACCUUUAAUAAUGCUUUAGUAACAAAGCAUGACAUAAACAAUGAAAAUAUUAAAGAAAAAAAUUAAAUUGAAAAAGCUGCUUUAUAAAUAUUUAAUCUAUAAAAUGAAUUAUAAGAAAAUGUACAUAGAAAAUUAUCCAAUUAUUUUUUAUUGGUACAAAAUCAUCUGCAACAUAGUUUUGAACGAGUCAUAUUGUUGUAGCAACUCCUACUCAUUAUAAGCCUAGGUCUAAAUUGUCCGAACUUUUGCUUUCUGACCCACUAGAAAAACAAUCAUAAUUAUCAUUGUUUUCCUGUGUGAUCGGAAAAUCAUCUUCCAAGCACUUAAGUCAUUAGCUAAAAAGAAUUUUCAAAAAUAUUCCUAACUGAUUUAUUUUAUAAGCCAGGUGGUUCAGCUAUGGCCUGAUCCACUUCGCUAAAAUCUACUGACAAAAAUUUUCUUGAUAAAGAUCGUUGUUAAAAAAAACUCCAAAGUUUAAAAAAAAGACACAGAAGAGCGAAAAACGGAAGUAUUUUAUUUGGUGUAAGAUAUGAGACUGGAACUUAUUCUUUCAACGCAUUUUUUAGCGGCCGUUUUUAUCGGGUGACACAGUUUUUUGAAGAGGAAAUCGGCCGAUGAAAUUGGCAGAUGACAAUUCGUGGGUUAAAAUUGCUGUUAAGACUUAACAACAAUUUUAAACUAUGUUAAACUAUGGAUGCAAAAUUGUUUUUAUAAUGCAAUGUCAGUGGCAAAUUAAAUAAAUAAUAUUGCUGAAACAAUAAAAUUGGCUUGGCUGAAGCUGCAGUUAACAGGACCAAAAGCAGCUCUAAGAGCCACAUUUAAAAGGACUAAGAGCCGCGCCAAGAGCUAUAAUUAACAGGAAAGCACCAAUAUGCUUAUUUAAAAGCCGUAGUUAACAGGACCAUGUACCACUCUAAGAGUCACAUUUUUCCAUGUCUAAGCUAUAGUGUACCACAGUCCUUUCAAAUGCAAUUUCACUUUGAAAUAAAAUGUAAAACUAAUACUGUUUCCCUCCUUUCCAGAUCACAUUACCAGAUAAAUAGCCAUAGUUGCCCUUCAUGGGAAGCUCUGUUUACAAAGCUAUACCACUUCCCCUAGCCACAUUGUUUAAGUCAACUGAUUUAUUCUAAAGUUAAAUUAUAUCUUCUUUAGAUUUAGUGAAUCUAGAUAAACAUAUUUGUUGACGACACGCUCCUCUAAUCUAUAAAUAAUCUAAGUUUGGAAAAAUAUAGUCUGUACAAUUUGAAAUUAUUUACUUUUUGACGGAAAAAAAUUGCCAUCAAAAUAUUGGGGUGAUCUCUGGUGGAACCCUUUAAAAAUAAUCACCAAAACCAAAUUUUGAAAUAAAAAAUAUUUUGUUACAUUUAUAAAGAAUAAGUUAUAAUUUUUUAUUAAGUGCCUUUUGAAUAAAAAAAUAUAAUUUAAAACAUAACUUAAAUUUCUUUGGCUGGUUUUUAAAAAAAAUAGAAAUUUCUUCAAUAUGAAAAAUCAUAAGUUAAAAAUAUUUGUUUUAAUUUGACAUAUGAAAUUAUUCCAAUAUUUAAUAAUUUGCUUUUGAGCUUUUGAAAUGAAUUUAUAUAACUCUAUGGAAUUCUUCUUUCUUUGCAAGAUGAUAGAGUCGCUAUGUACACUUCAUCAAAUGGCUCACUAGGCUGAUUCUAUGAAUGGCAGUCUCAGCUGCAUUUCUUGCAGGAGAAUAUUGAUUCCUGGUUAGAUUUGGCCUUCCAUAUUGCUCUUUUUGUUUCAAGGGCUUUGUUUCACCCAUCUUCUGCCAUUUUUACUCUUUCAUACACUGCUGUUUGCCACCUGGAAUGGUGCUCCGUGAUGAUCUCCCAUUAGUUGAUUUCUAAGUUGGCCUCCGUCAUACUCCUUUUGCAAAUUUUCAUAAAUUGCAGCCAUGGCCAUCCACUCAGUCUUGCCCCUUCUGCCAACUCUCUAUACAGCAGAUUUUUUGGGAUACUGCUUUCCUUCUUUCUCCUUACAUGGCCCAAUCAGCAAAGGCGCCUCUUGCUAAGCGUGGAGAAUAUGCAACACAUUUUUGCAUGUUCCAAGACCUCUGUGUUAGGCACCUUGUCCUGCCUUCGAAUGCACAAACUGUGACGCAGACAACUUUAAUGGAAGCCGUUGAGUUUCCGCUUAUGACUGGCAUAUAUGGUCCACACUUUACUACCAUAUAGGAGCAUACUAAACACACAUGCCUGAUAAAUGCUUAGUUUUUGUUCUGUCAGUUAGUUUAAGAUUAUUCCAUAACCACUUAUUCAAUUUAGCUGCAGUUGCUGCUGCUUUUGUGAGAUAUUGGAUCCAAGGUAUGCGAAAUGCUCAACAACCGACAGAUUAUGUCCCUCAAUAGAUGUGUUUGGAGGGGAUGGUGCUUCUUGCAUCAUGACAUUUGUUUUCUGUAGAAUAAAUGAUAGUCCAAACUUUUUUUCUGCAUAAGUGAGGCAAUCGACUAGAUGCUGAAGGUCCUCUUUUGUGUGUGCAAUGCUAAGGCGGCAUUAUCAGUGAACAGAAUUUCACGAAUUAGUACCUUUUUAACCUUGGUCUUUGCACAAAGGCGAGUGAUAUUGAACAGCUUACCAUCAGAUCUGAUAUGCAUGUACACUCCAUCUUUAAAGAUUAAUAAAUAGAUGCUCAAUGUUUACAGUGGUUUAAAAAUAAUCUUAGUAUAAAAAGAAAAGUUUAAAUAAGUUAUUGAUGUAACAUAAAAUAAUGUCCUCUAUAUACAAUCCACAUUUAAUAAGAGAAAUCAAACCUCAUUAUUGAAGUAGUACUGAGUUUAAAAGUCACACCCUCAUGAACAUAAGUUAUUUGGACAAAUUUAUAUGGCAUGAUAAUUGUACACUGCUUUGAGCACUGCUUAUAUAAAUAUUAUAUAAAUAAAUAUGACACAUUUUUAUUUUUUCAUCUAGAGCUUUUUUUAAAACUUGUAUUUUUUUCCAUUCAGAUAUCAGCAAGUGUCCUUGUGAUUUAACUGGAAAUGCCUGUGAUGUUAACUGCUGCUGUGACCCAGAGUGUAGUGCUGCUGAUAAACUUGUCUUCUCAGAGUGCCUUCCCAGUUCUUAUACGUGAGAAACAUCCUUUUAACAUUUUCACUAGCUUCUAAUGCAUGUUUAUGCCAUCGAUGAGCACCAUAGUAGCAUAAAAUGUAAUUGAUGCAAUCUGGUUUUUUUUACAAUUUUUUAUGAGCUUACUGAAGAGAUUUACUUUAUAAAUAUUAAAUUUGAAUUCAGGUUUUUUUAGAUGUGUAUUUAAUAAAUCAUAUCUUUUUCUACAGAGUAUGUGAUCCAUCCAUCCAUCUCUUUGGUGCUAAGCUCAUUUAGGGCUUUGGCCUGCCUCACCACAUUCUUCCACUAUGACCUAACUGAUGCUUUUCUUUUCCAUGCUUAGAUUCCCAGCUUAUGUAGAUCACUCUCCAUAUCAUCUAUCCAUAUCUCCAUAUCUUUGACAAUCUAGGCUUAGAUGGAUAGAUGAUAUGGAGAGGGAUCUUCAGAAGCUGGGAAUCCAAGCAUGGAAAAGAAAAGCAUCAUCUAAGUCAUGCUUGUAGUGAUGCGUUUUCUCAUUCAAUAACAGCUUUUAACAUGUCUUUACUACUUUACGCCAAAAUACUAUGUCAUCAGCAUAUGCAAGAUACUGAAAGGGUUGAUCGUAGAGAGUCCCCAUUGGUUGUUGGUCUUGGGUUUCCCUCAGAAAGUAUCCUGUUAUUAAUCCUCAGGUAUCAAUAUUUAUGCUUCUUAUAACUCUCUCCAACGUUAGGUUAAAUACCAUACAAGACAGUGAGUCUCCUUGUCUUAGGCCUGGUCUAAUCUGAAAUUCCCAUGAAUACUCACCCUGAACCUUGGCUCUGCUUUUUGAGUUGUUUAAUAUUAUAUUUAUCACUCUUGUCAGUUUGUUGGGUAUGCCAAACUCUUGCAGAGUCUCAUGUAGAUAUUUAGAUAAAUAGAGUUGAUGUACUGUGAUAUUAUAUUCAUAAUAACAUUUAUCUAAUAAGCAUCUGAUGGUGAAAAUCUGAUCAGUCGUUGAUCUGUUUUGUCUGAAUCCACAUUGGUAGUCACCUAGUAUUUGUUCAGUGUAAAGAUGUAGUCUUUUGGCAAUUAGUUUUGUCAGUAUUGUUCAUGUAGCAUUUAAUAGGGAACUUCCUCUGUAGUUGCGGUUACUUAUGCUGAUGAAAUUUUCUCUUCUUGCCAAAUUUUAGUUAUAAUUUUAGUCCUCUUCCUCCAUAUUUUAUAAGCUCCGCUGUGAUGAGGUCUUCUCCAGGGACUUUGUGGUUUUUCAUAGAAUUGAUUACUUCUGUAGUUUCUUCAAAAGUUGGGGAGUUUAUUAAAGGGUUUGGUUCUACAAUGCAGUAGUUGAUAAUCUUCAUCUUGUCCAUAAUUAAUUCUCCAUCAUUGCUUUCACACAUUUUAGGUCUGGUUUGGUAUCCAUUAUUUUUGUGUUUUAUCUUCAUGUACAUUCCUCUAAUAUUUCCUUCUCUUGAUAAGUCGUCUAUUUCUUUUAGUUAAUUUUUUUUUUCCAUUCACUUUUUUCUUCCUAAGCAUUUUCGUGGUUUUCCUUGUGGCUUCAUUGUAUUUUUGUCUCAUAUUUCUGCUUUCCCUUUGUAUCAUGGUCAUUCGUGCCUUGUUUCUUUCUUCGGCAGUCUCACUGCACUCAUUAUCAAACCAGCGUACUCUUCUGUUAGUUUGAUGGAAUCCUACUACUUUUCCUGCUGACUUUUCAUAGCAUUUUUAUCCUAUCCCACUGUGCAUCUAUGUUGUUUUCCCUGUUUAUUUCUUCUGUGAGCCUACUAGAUAUGCUGUUACUUCAUUUUGGUAGGCUUUUGUGGUUUGUUGGUUUUUGGUAAGUUUUUGGUACUCUUAUCAUUUUUCUCUUUGAUUUCAGCCAUUGUGUUUUAUGCUUUUUUGCUGCUUAUGAGUAUGUGAUCGUGUGCUAAAAUUACUUCUCUGUAGAUUGGAUGACAAGUUGUGUUUUAAUAAGGACGUAUUUCUGUUUGAAAAUGGCCCGGCUGCAUCAGGAGACUCCAACGGAUUAUUCUGCAUCUAUUUCGACAAUGGUAACAUGUUUAUUUAUGUUUAUUAUUUUUCUUCUAGCUCUUACUCUUAGUCUUUUCUGGUCAAUCUCAGCUUUUUGAUGCCAAAAUUUAUUUAAUUUUUUGUUGUUGUCAUUUUCUAAAUUUAUUGAUCACAAUACAAGCAAAAUUUGACGAUCAUUAUUUUGUGUUUCUUGGGUAAAAAGCACCCAAAAAAAAAAAUAUCUUGAGCAUGUGAUAUGCAAUGAAAUCAACUAUAGACAUUAUAGGUUAUAGAUUAUUAAUUCAGAUGAAAUGGUUAAAAUUCUUUUUGUUUUUAAAACUUCACAGAGGCUGAGCGCAACUAUUACACUAACCCAACAUUGGUGACAAGUGAAACAGAGUUUCUCCGCUAUGCAGAUCAGUAUGGAAAAUUUUCCUUUCAGGACACAGCCCCACCACCCACACUGACUUCUCAAUUUAACAACUAUUACAGGGUGAGCCAAAGUUAUUUCACUAUUACAGGGUGAGUCAAAGUUAUUUCACUACCGAUAUUACAGGGAGAGCCAAAGUUAUUUCACUAUUACAGGGUGACCCAAAGUUAUUUCGCUAGUACAGGGAGAGCCAAAGUCAUUUCACUAUUGCAAGCUGAGCCAAAGAAUGGGUAUUUAUCAAUGAAAGCUUCACCAAAAGGUCUACCAUACAAAAAGAAAUGUUUACAAAAAAAUUUUAUUCUCUGAUUCUGUGCUGUAUCUUUAUUCCUGCUAUAUUACAGCCUUACAGCAAGUUAUAUUCAACAAAAUUGUCUAGCACAUCCAAUUUGAGCAUGCAAUAUUUUUCCUUGGUCCGUAGUGAGGACUGGUGUGAAAGUUUGGUGGUGCUUUGAUUUAAACCCCUGACCACCAGUGCGUUACUUACUUUGCCAAGCCAGCUAACUGCUAGAAUUUCUUUUUCUUUUAUCCACAGAGUGGAGAUCCGAUUUAUGUUGUAUUCCAAAACCAGGCUUUCAGUUACCUAAGCCUUCCCGCCAGCCAGACUUCAUCAACUCUUUGCAUUGACAGCAAUCCAGCUGGUAGGGGGCAUGCUUAGGGCCUGGCACCAGGGGCAUCUACACAAGAGGGAGGGGUCAUGCUUAUAGCCUUGAACCAGGGGCGUCUACACAAGGGGGAGGGGUCAUGCUUAGAGCCUUGAACCAGGGGCAUCUACACAAGGGGGAGGGGUCAUGCUUAGAGCCUUGAACUAGGAGCAUAUACUCAAGGGUGAAGGGUCAUGCUUAUAGCCUUGAACCAGGGGCGUCUACACAAGGGGUUGGGGGUCAUGUUAAUGGCCUUGAGCCAGGGGCAUCUACACAAGGGGGGGGGCAUGCUUAUGGCCUUGAACCAGGGGCAUCUACACAAGGGAGAGGGGGUCAUACUCAGAGCCUUGAACCAGGGGCAUUGACACAAGGGUGGGGGGGGGGAUAGACACCCCUGCCUUAAACUGUUUAAUGUUAACCUCUUGGGAUAAAAACAGGCAGAUGGUAGCAAACAGAUGCACAUCAGAAAACCCUAUUUACUUUUAAAAUCAGCCAAGUUCUCUCUUUAUAAAUAUGUAAACAAGGCUUGCUCCAUUCAAACUCACAGGUUAUCUCCUGGAACAGACAAAUCAGUGCAGCAGAACUUUUACAAAUCUAAGUACUGAAUGCCUAAGUGAUCCAGCUCUUAAGGCAGACACAUUUUACAAGGGCUUUAGGAUUGUAAAGGUUAGACAUAACUGGCUUAAAUUUAAGUCACCAGUUUUAAAGCUUGUAAGAGGUUAAAUAAAAUUCUGACUACAUGGCAAGGUCUACAAUUUAUUUUAUUCUUUUAAAAGUUUUAUGAAGAAAAUAUGACGCCGAUUCAUCUUUUUUGUAGGACCCUUUCCUGUUGAAGGCAUUCAACUCUUCAACAUCAGUGAAGGAUCCUAUUGUUGGUACGUUUCAUGGUUGAUAAAUAAGUCAUGACUCAUAGUAAUAUUGGAAGAAAGUAAAUGUUAUAGUGGCUACAAAAAUAUCUCCUGUAAUGUCAUCUGGGGCUGUGUUAUUGGUGAGGUUACUAAACAGUGAACCAAUAAAAGAAUAUUAAUAUUUGUGUGCUUCAUCAUAUUAUCAUAUGUUAAUGACAUAAUUAUGUGUUACUCACAUUAUCAUAUGUAGAUCAUAAUAAUAGAUCAUCUGGGGUCUGCAGGGAGAAGAUGAGGUUUGACAAGGGCUGUUUUAUUUCUCUGAACUGAGAAGUUUUCAGAUGGCAAAAAGAUCUCUUAAAUCACAACGAAAGCUCAGGCAAAAAGAUCUCUUAAAUCAGAACAAAAGCUCAGGCAAAAAGAUCUCUUAAAUCAGAACAAAAGCUCAGGCAAAAAGAUCUCUUAAAUCAGAACAAAAGCUCAGGCAAAAAGAUCUCUUAAAUCAGAACAAAAACUAAGGCAAAAAGAUCUCUUAAAUCAGAACAAAAGCUCAGGAAAAAAGAUCUCUUAAAUCAGAACAAAAACUAAGGCAAAAAGAUCUCUUGAAUCAGAACAAAAGCUCAAAUUACAUCUUAUGGCAAUUCAUUUGUUUAACAGCUGCUAUAUUUUAGUUGGCUAAUUUAAAAAAAAAAAAUUUCUUGCCUUUAUUUGCUAAAUGACUAUUUAAUAGUACAGAAGUUUCUUAAUAAUAUCUGUUUCUGGGUUGUUGCUACAAUUUGUCAUUGACAACACACCCCCCCCCCCAAAAAAAAAUAAAUCAAAUGAGUAAAAUCAGUUAAUUAUUUUGCAUUCCCUUUUUUUUCCCUUCAAUGUUUUAUUCAAAGUUAACUUGAAUGUUUAUUAGAGUGUAGAUUAACCCUAAGACUGUCCUGCUGUCAGGGUUAGAAAACUCAUUCGUCGAACAUCAAACUGUUGUCCCCGCAGGUUCACCCAACCUGACAGACGUCACAGACUUGUACAACAACAACUUUACCCUAGAGUUUGAACCCAUUGAGUGCAUACAGAAUGGUUUCAAAGCACCCUGUAACUCAACUACUCAGCUACCAGUAGCAGCCCCCACAUACAAUGGUUCAGUGUGCAGUCAAGCAAUAGUAGAGGUAACACCAAGCUAUAGUAGAGGUAAUCCCAAGCUACUGUAGAGGUAAUCCCAAGAAAUGGUAGAGGUAUACCAAGCUGUAGUGGAGAUAAUCCCAAGCUAUAGUAGAGGUAAUCCAAAGCUAUAUUAUAGGUAACCCCAAGCUAUAGUAGAGUUAACCCUUAGCUAUUGUAAAGGUAAACCCAAACUAUAGUAAGGGUAAUCCCAAGCUGCUGUAGAGGUAAUCUCAAGCAAUAGUAGAGGUAAACCAAGCUAUAUUAUAGAUAAUCCCUUACCAUGUUAGAGGUAAUCCCAAGUUAUAGUAAAUGUAAUCCCUAACUAUAGUAAGGGUAAUCCCAAACUAUAGUAGAGGAGAUAACCUCUGGAAAUUUAGUUUCUGAAUAUGGAGACUCAUGCCACGCGCCAAUCAAGAGGACAGUCAUUUAUGUUCGUACCAGUAAAAAAGGACAUGUUGACUGUGUUUCCCUGAGUUCAAGUUUGAACUAUUUUUUUUCCCCCACUGUUGUUGGGAAACAUCUAAACAUUGUCAUCUUCAACAUGCCCAGGUCCACUACAGGUUUGAGACCAAUGGGAUCUAUGGAGUGGAGAAAGCCUAUGUCACUUUUGUCUACUCUGACAUCACCACCAACAGUGUGACCCAAAAAUUUUCAACUUCAUUCUCAAAGGUAAGAAAUGUCAUUUGAAAUUUUUUAAAAUAAAUAAUUUUAAACCAAAUUUGGGCCACGGUUUUAUGGUACCUAAAUCAUAUUAGAAUUGUCAGUUUUAAUUAUUAUUACAUUUAUUUAUAAUUACCAUUCUUUGGAAUUUUGACUAUUUCAGGCGUCAAGUGCUGCCACCCAACCUGUGGCUCGUAGUGGAAAUCCUGGCUACCAGAUUGGCCAACCCAUCACGGCUGGUGUAUUUAAUCGUACUGUAACGGGUGCUACAACUGAGUAUCCUUUGCUGUAGUUUUUUUUUUUUACUGCACAUGUUCAGAUUGCUAAUAAUUCUGUUUAAUGACAUUCGAAGUCAAGAAUAAGCUGUACAAAAGAGGCCCACCAAGAUGAAAAAAAUGAUUGCCAUUGUACAAGACAUAAUUUAAUAUGUCACUAAUGUUUUAUGAAUAUGAGGGUUGGGAGGAUGAACUGUUCGACGCCCUUCCCUCCACAUUCACCCAAACCAAUGCUGUAGGGAACAACCCGAAAUCUGCUUGGACAUUUAGCCGCGGCCGAAUGGCCUGUUUUUUUUCAAGUGCUCACCUCAGCAAAUACUGCUAUUACUACAGAUGCUGAUCCAGAUAUUUAUUUGAAAAAUUAAACUUUUAAAGAUAUUCAUUAUAUUUGUGUUCCUGUAAUAAAAUUGCGGUUAUUCUGACAUUUCGGAUUGGAGCUCAGUGCCCACCAAAACCCAGAAAGAAUGGGGAAAAAACACCAUCUACUGAGUGCUAUCCACAUGAUAUUUCAUUAGUUGUGUAUGCAUUCUAAAAUAUUUACAUUCUUUCCCACUGGAUAAAUCACAAUUUUUAAAUGAAAAUAGCUUGUUUAAAGCCUGUUUUUUUGUGGUUUUUGGGGGGGGGGGGGGGGGGGGGGUUUUUGUUUUUUUUUUUUUUUUAAUAGACUCGGAUAAUGAAAUUAAUAGCAAUUUAGAUGUAAUUAUACUACUAAAUUACAGAUAACUAAUACGUUAAUUAUGCUAGCUGCAGUAUAAGUAUCGGGUAAUACAGAUUCCUGCUGUAAAUUAACGAAGUAAAGUCAAUAUCAUCUGCCUUUUAACAAAGUUGUUGAGUUUACAGUCUUAUACCAUUAUUUUUUACCAUAUCAUCGCAUGGAUAUAUUUUUUUUAAAACUCUAUGCACUAUGUGAACAUAAAUUGUUAAAAGUAGGCGGUUCGAGCAGUUCGAAUUAAGUUUUUUUAAGUGCAUAUAAAAAAACAAAUUCAUUACAGACGCACGAUGUAUUAUUAAACUAAUGUCUAUGCAACCAUUUGGUGACCUAUUGUGCAUAGUAUCUGCGCAUAACUACCAGUAAUAUAAGUAGAGCCCCUUUGAAGGGAUUUAGCGUAGUUGUCUCGGAAUGGCCCCAGUUGGCUUUAAAUAAUUUAAAGGAUUUGACAUUUUAAUUUAGAAAUAAAUAGCUAUUCAGUUAAUUUGUAUUAAAUUAUUAUUAGAUCGCAUUAUAGGUAGACAUGGAAUUAUGUAUGGAUCGCAUUAAUAUAUAUACGCAACUGGAUUUGGCAAAUAGCAGUAAAAGAACUUGGAUUCGUUACCAGGUGAAAAUGUUUACCCGGUUGAUCCCUAGAAUGCAGCUUCAGGAUGGUUUAUGGUUGAUAUUCCAGGUCAAAUACAUGAUGCAUUAACCUCAUAAGGAAACCGGUGUUUUUGUUGUUUUAGAUGUAACAACUGUGAGUAUUUUAUCUUAAUUGUCAAACUGAUAACUGAUACUAAUUCUAUCAGCUGUCAUUCUAUCAGCUGUCAUCAAACUGGAAUCUUUUCUCAUUCAUUGUCACUAUGAAUCUGUUAACCCUUGAGUUGUCAGUGUGCAACCUUGCAACUGUCAUAGCAAUGCACUGUCUAACCCUUUGAGCUGUCACAAUAAAUCUGUUUGUUAACUCUUGAGCCGUCACUUAUAACCCUGUCAACCCUAACCAGCAACAAAGUGAAAGAAUCCUUCUGACGCAAUACCGGGGUCAGCAGCUGGCACUGGUUCGUCCGUCCGUCAGUGGGGACUGUCUGACCGACGCCGGGCAGCUCAGAGAACCUGUCCUGUUUGGUCAAGAUAUGCGGACUGGAUGUUUUAUACAGUAAUGCAAUUCUCAUCAUUCAAAUGUUUCAUUUUGGGUUGUUGUUUUGAUUGUUUUUCAUCAUUAUAAAAAUAGAUCCUCAAGCUGAUGAUUAAUUUGUGAAGAAAAAAAUAAAUAAUAAUAUAAAAAUUUGAAAUUUUAAAAAGUUUUCUCUAUUACAAAAAGAAAUUUGUUAGUUGAUUUGUGUUGAUUUGUUUCAGAGUCACUUCAACUAGUGACAUCUCCAACUGUCAGCUCCUACAGCAGAGCAUUUUCACUGCCAUUGAAGGUUAUGCUGUCCCCACCUUUGACCCAGCAUUCAAUGUCUACCCAAAGAACAGCCGUUACGUCGCCACGUUCGGCGACUCAGAUAUCAAGAAGACUGGCGACUGGGUUGAAAUUCUCUACCAGAAUCGUCCACCUCCCCAAACCGUAUGUACUCCCUGUAAAUUUUAAAAACAAGCUGAACUGAUAAAAGAUACGGUACUGUACUUUAUUUUAUUCACAGAUUGUAUCUGUGAAUUGUAUCUGUACCUUUAGGUGUAAUCAGUCUUUUAAGUUUGAAAAUAAUUUACUAAGAACAUUGUUUCUGAUAUUCUCAUUAGUUUCAAAAAGAAGUAUUUAUAUUUGAAUUUGUAUUGCUUAUUCGAAAGCAGCUGUAUGCCAAACUUAUAUAAAUACCCUCAAAAAAUAGUUUAUCACCUCAGCUGUGUUAAAUAAUAUGUCUCAUCACCUCAGCUACGUUAUACAACGUCUCAUCAACUCGGAUGCCUUUUAAAAAAAAGCUGUAAAUUAUUAUGUAUCGACAUUACAUGAUGUUGGGUUCUUUUCUUUCUUGCUCUUAAAUGUGUUUAUCCAGUGCACAAAUCAAACAUAUUUUCUUUGCAGGCAUCUUCACAGUGCUUCCUCUCAUUGGGGGCCAACCUCCACAUUCUGUAUGCAAACAUUGGUGCCUUGCCCAACCCACAACCUAAGAUUAUUGGUGUGGCCUAUGUUUAUGAUGCUCCUCAGACUGUCUCAUACAAGGUUGGUGAUAUCUAUUUCUUUUAUUCUAUAAGACUGUAAUUCAUUGUUUGACCCUAUGAACUCCAGCUGUUUACAAAUUUCACUCUGUCAAUUUCCAGCCAAAGGGAAUGAUCUCCACGUAGGGUUUGGUUUUAGUUUCAGGAAAAUUAAAACAAAUCUGUUUUGUGAAUUAAGUACUGGUACAUAGAAUAAAAGAUAAUUGAAUCAGAAAUGAUUGCUGCAUGUGUGCUUCAAUCAUGAUUACAGUGUAGUCCAAUGUUUCGGUUGGGUCAAUUCCUGAUGUCAAACUCACAAGUGAGAUGUUAGAAGAUUAUGCUGUUAUUUUAAUUUUCUCCUUCUCUCAUUAUCAACAUUAUGACAAGUUUCUUGAAAGUUAGUAUCCUUGUUUUAGUCUAGUUACAUUGUGUGUGGGAUAUUUCUUUCUUCUGUUUUUGAAGAGCAAUUUAUUAAUUGAAAUGGCCAUAGAUAUUUUAAAAUAUAUAUAUUUUUAAAAAAAUGCAAUUUUUAGAAAUGCCUGCUUGAAAAAGCUGAAUGAAUAAUAAAAGAAGAUGACUAUUCAAGAAAGGCUAAACCAUCUUUUUCUCUGCUCACAGUGCUCUGGUCCAUACUGUCAGCCCGGCGCAUCGGGGCUGUCACAAAAAGUUGAAAUCAGCAGCUCCGUUACAUUUAUUGAUGUCUCCCAGUCACCUCAAGCUGUGGAGGGGAAGUAUCCAACCUUUGCCGUGCGCUUGCCAUACGAUUUCUUCUAUCCCUUUCUGAACUCAGCCCCCAAGUGGCAUGGUCCGAGUGCCAUGCCUUGGCUGGUGAUUGCUGCGGUCUCUGGUCAUAUUUUAUUUCACUGAUAAAUUAUUGCUUUCUAUACAAAACUGUUUUAAAUAUCUAGAAAUAAAAUUUAAAAGACAAUAAGUAAUAGUGUUUAGACAAAAUUUUUAAAUAUGAUAAAUUAAAACAUGAAUUUUGUGACAGCAAUUAUUUGCUUAGUGAAAAAAAUGUUCAAAUGAUUAAACACCUAUUUGUUUAUAAGAAAACAUUUUUAGAACAGUUUAGCAUGGAUUCAGUUUUCUUCCCAGCCACCGUCCAAAAUAAAACAUCAUUGUGUGCCUUCUACUUCUAUAAAUGUAGCUUAUUUUUGUAUCAUCAGUGGUGUGAUCCAGAUGUGUCACUAGAUGCCACCCAUCAUUCAUUGAGACAUGUUAAUUUAAAUGUUGAAGAAAGGAGAAAAAUCAUCUCAAUAUUUUAACAAAGUUGAAUGCUUGAAAUUUAAUGUAAGUUCAUCAUUGACUUUGACUUGUUAAAUACACUUUGAAAUAGGUUAAUGUGUUAAUUUUGCUCUUUAUUAGUUAGUUAGUUCAUACAAUUCUUGUCAUGCAUUGUUUUAUUGAACUUUUCUUUACUUUCCUGCUCUCAAACAUUUCCAAUGUCUUCACUGGAUGUUCAUUACCAAGUGAUAUCAGUAAAUUUGUUAAUAUUAAUACUAUCAUUAUUAAUGAGGGUAUAAAUUUCUCUAUGAGUGUAAGCCAUGUAACAAAGCCAUCAUACAAAACUCUGGGUUGUUUAAAGCAACUGAUAACAUGAGUCAAAGAGUCAUUCAGUUGGGGGAUGCAUUAUUUGUAUCAAAAUGCUAAAAUAUAUCCCCCAGAACAAAACAGCUUUUCAAAGGUCACAUUUCUCAGUCGAAUGUAAUUUACAUUUUAAAAUUAUAUUUAUGUGAAAAUUUCUCCGUCCAAAGCUGAAAUUUUGUUUCUUUUGAAACUGGUAACUUUAAUUCUUGUUUUUUAAUUUUUUUUUUUUAAUUUAAUUUUUUUUUUUAAACAUCACUUUUUACAUUUUGAACCCAUUUUUUAAAUAGUUUGUUUUGUGAGACAUCAAGUCAUGUUAUGGCCUGUGUCAUAUCAUCAUCGGCCAUUCUGGAUGGAUUUUCUGCACUGAUUGGGAGAAUCUUUUCCUUGGUCUCCAGACCAAAAAAGAAUAGCUGAAUUAAACUCAUUGCUGCUGAUGAAGCCUCAUCUUCAACUGUCCAUCAGGUACAGAGCAGUCUUACGGCUAUCUCAUUAAGUCAUAUCAAUGACUGUCCAUCAGGUGCAGAGCAGUCUUGCGGCCAUCUCAUUGAGUCAUAUUAUUCACUGCCCAUCAGGUGCAGAGCAGUCUUGCGGCCAUCUCAUUAAGUCAUAUUAUUGACUGCCCAUCAGGUGCAGAGAAGUCAUGAUCUUUCCUAUCUCAUUUAGCAACAUCACUACCAACCAGGUACAGAGCAGUCUUGUUCCUAUCUCACUGACUCACAUCAGUGACUGUCCCCCAAGUAUAGAGCAGUGUUGCUCCUAUUCAUUAAGUCAUGUCAUUAACUGCCCACCAUUAAAAGGGCAGCCUCGCUCCAAUCACUAUAAGUAUAGGUCAAGUCAUGGGAUCAUGAUGGAGAGGAGUCGUCUCCUGACCCAUAGACGUUAAUCCCAGGCAACAGAAUAAUGCCAUUUGUUGAUGUUUAAACUCACUGUGCGAGGUUUGAAUUUCAAUUAAAAUGAAAUAGGUUGUUAUCUCCAAACCCAUGAUAGACAUUCCUGAAGUUAUAGCUUGAAUGAAUGAAUCUGGUACUGAUUGUGUAAGUUAAAUAGUUAAUAGAAAACAAGUUAUCUGAAUGGACUGUGUCUGAAAGGUCUAAGUGAAUUUUUGUCAUUAAAUAUGAUGGACUGUAGAUGUAUAUCAAAUAUAGCAAAUAUAAUAAAAUAAG